AUGCCGCUCUUAAGUCUGAAGACUGCAACGCCCCCAAAAAGUAGUCGGCCCAUAGCUUUCCACAUAAGCGAGCUCUACCACCCACUCUUCCUCCGCCUCCCUGCCUGCCCACACAGUCAAUCCUUCGCCCGUCUUGGAUCCCUCCGCCAGUUCGUGAUUCCUGACAUUGGCCGCGUCUCUUAUCUUUCCCAGGAUCCGAACACCGUCUGGGAUCAGCGCCACACAUCCUUUCCCCUCGAAGCCGGUUCUCCACACGACGACGCCUCGCGCUAG